AUGCUGCAUUGUUGGGAAUCGCAGCCGGCUUUUCCAAGUCGAUCUGGAAUUGAUGCUUGCUUCGGAGUGAGGAUCCCGCGUGGAAAAGAAGUAACGUGCGGACCUAGGCAUCCAGCUGGACUCGAUGCUCCCUACGGAGUGAGGACCCCACGUGGAACAGAAGCUACGUGCGGACCUAGGCAUCCAGCUGGAUUCGAUGCUCCCUACGGAGUGAGGACCCCGCGUGGAAGAGAAGCUACGUGCGGACCUAGGCAUCCAGCUGGAUUCGAUGCUCCCUACGGAGUGAGGACCCCGCGUGGAACAGAUGCUACGUGCGGACCGGUGUAUCCAGCUGGAGUCGAUGCUCCCUACGGAGUGAAGACCCCACGUGGAACUGAAGCUACGUGCGGACCGGGGUGUCCAGCUGGAGUCAAUCAUCCCUGGGAAGAUACUUGUUAUUGGGAGGAGAGGCUCAUAGGUGCUCGCCUCCAGAUGGUCCGGGCCCGUUUGAUAUGGGUGCCACGCCAUUUUCGGCGCGCCUUUCGCAGCCGACUUUAUCGGCGUCGGUGGACCUUCAGCCCCACCGUUAUCGCCCUGCAUUUGCAAAUUCUUUCCACUUCAUUUUCCGAAGAGACUCCCACAAAAUUUUUUAGAGGCUUGGCUAAGUAA